CAACCUGUUCAAACGUCCUACAUAUCCCUUCCCGUCCAUAUCCCGGAAAGCUUCCUGGCACCGCUCCCAGACCCCUCCGUGAUCAAGACGGAGCGGAUCGACUUUGGGAAGACCACGCUGCCAGAAUACAAGGACCUCUACGCAGUGGUCCUGGAUAAUGUUCUCUCUCGGGAAGAAUGUGACCAGCUGAUCCAUAUGGCCGAACUGUCAGCUGGCGCCCAUCAUGACGAUGGCGGAGUGCCUAAUAAUGGGUGGAGACCGGCGAUGAUCAACGCUGGCAUGGGACAGGAGAUCCUUAUGCAGGAUUACAGGAAUUCUGACAGGAUUAUAUGGGAUGAGAAGGUGCUCGCCAAAAGGGUGUGGGAGCGUGUGUUGCAGGGGCAGGGCAUCAAGGAUUAUCUCUCCGUACUCAAUGGAGAGUCUUACCGUCCUGUACUGGGAGACCGGGCCAUAACGAAAGACCAGAGGUGGGUUGUCACCGAGCAGGGAGUGAAUGAGCGGCUGCGGUUCUUGAAGUAUGGAAAGGGUCAAUUCUUUAGAGCUCACUGUGAUUCCGCUUAUCAGACGCUGGAUGAGAAGCAGCGCUCCUUCUACACGCUGCACCUCUACCUCAAUGACUCCGCACAAGGCAUUGGGAUCCCUGUUGCACCACUUCGUGGAGGAGCCACCACAUUCUAUUCAAAGGACAGGAAACGUAGACUAGAUGUCGACCCCAAGGCAGGUAGGGUCCUCAUCUUCCAACAUCGGGACCUGCUGCAUUCAGGAGAUGAUGUGGUCUCCGGCGUCAAAUACUCAAUGCGAUCGGAUCUGAUGUAUCAG